AGGAAUAUAGGUUGUUGGUUUGGCUUGUCCAGAGAUUUUCUGGAUGUCCGACUGGAGGUAUCCUAGUUUGUCUGAUAAGUUGCAAACUGUUUGUGUUUAAAGGUAACGUCUGGUACCGUUAAUAGAUUGGUAAUUGGUAGGUUCUUUCGUCGAUUUCAGUUAUUUUGGUUAUCUAUUUCUGCUUGAAGUCGUAUUUAAGCGGUGCUUCGAGGCUGAACUUUACAGGAUGUGUGCAGGGCGGACCUCGGAAGGUGCGGGCUGUGUCACCUGGUGGGGCUUUAGCCCAGCUCUAGAUCUCUUAGGCGCUGGUCCAGAGAGACAGCAGGGGGAGGUGAAUGUUUUACUACUGGGCUGCGCUGACCCUCGGCACAUCCUCAAGACUAUUGCUGGCCUGAAAGACUCCGACACACUAUCGGUGUGGCUAAUUGAGAACAGUAUGGAAGUUGUGGCACGACAGUUGCUUCUUCUCUUCCUUUCGUUAACUUCAACCGACAGUAUGGGGCUGCAUGAAAAGGUGGAGGUGUUUCUAGAGGUACUGGGGAACACAGAGAUCCGUAGUCAGACUGAGGAGAUCCUAAGAUAUGCUGCCACUCAGCUCUCAUUGUCUGUCUCUGAUAUGCUUAGUACACAAACACAUCCCUGCCUCGACAUUGGGUUCCUCAAGUAUAAGGAACGAGAUGAGCUGGCAAGGAUCUUCAAGGAGUGGCUGCAACCUCCUUCAUCUAGCCUGCCUAUAAGUAAGGCAUGGGACAGUCGUGUGAGGCAGUAUUUGGGCUCCCGGUAUGACAGUAAACAUGGCUGUUAUGACUGGGAUCUCACCAUGAAGAUUUAUCAGAAAGGGUGUGGUGUCAUCAAUAAGCAACAGUAUGUGAAGUGGAGAGAUAGGGGUGUGGCUUUUGAGCUGAGAGAAGGACAUUACCAGACAGCCAAUCAAAGUCUGCUCUCCCACCGCAUAUUUGGUCAUAGGAGUGGGAAGGUUGCCGUAAGAGGUUACUGGGGUGACAUUGUAUCUAGCCCAUACCUUGGUUUUGGCAUUGAGACAGACGACAAAGAACUACUCAAAAAGCACAAUAACCAGCAUGUCAAGACAGCACAAGACAUAUCCUUUGCCAAUGUGCUGGCACUAUUCCAGUCCCUCUCGAACAGGGUUUGCACUCCGCCAGUUUCUCUGCAGGCCAGUGAUCACAGGGACGCAGAGGAGUGCCAAACGUCUGAGAUACAGUCAGAGUCACACUCUUCACUUAGUCACAGAAAAGAACAACUUCCAACACAUGACUGUCCAUCCGGUGGCCUUUCAGAGAAACAUCCGUCUCAGUCAGAGGCAGAGGAGAAAUCCUUGCAUUAUGAGCUCAUGACUGUGAGUGGUGUGAGAGUGUUCUUCCUCCCUCUGGACUCUCUUUCAAAACUCCCAGAGAAACACAGAUAUUCCCGGUUCUUUAACACCAUCUACUGCUCAGCUAGUAUGGUGCAUAACUUAAAACCAGCUCUGAAAUUAAUAGCCGCACCUAAGGCGAUUCUCAUAGUGGAGCUGUGCAAGUACCUGCUGGACCUGUCCAAAGAGCAAGAGGCAGGUUUUACAGAGAAAGUCAACAAAAUCUCUCUAGCAGCAGGUUUUAGUCCUGCACAGGAGGACUCCAGUGACGUGCAUGCUGUCUUCACACUGCAGGAGCAGUGAUAUCAUUAGUCUCAAGAGACUAGAUUCCAAACGUACUACUGACUGACUGAUCAAGUGUAUUAGGCAUAUAAUGAGUGGUUAUAUAAUGAUAAUCUUAUGUUGCCUUUCUGUUUCUUGAGUAAUAUGCAAUGUUCUAAAGUGCAUAAAGUUAGAUACUAAAGCUUUUCUUAUGUCAUUUUUAUUUUUGUAUGUAUUCUUAUUAUUCUUUUUAAAUAAAGGAUGAAUAUCCAUUUUGGCUGUAAGUGUUAUUGUGUUAUGGUUAUCUAACAGUCAGUUGCGGAGAAGGAGAAAUCAAGGAGCGAAUGUAUAAUUAGUCAGUCUUUAAAA